AGUACAUCAUUUGCCUUGUCAGCUAAACGGGCUAGGAUUGUCUGAAUUGUCUGAUGCAAUACUACAUUCGAGUUCUUAUUUUUAUAGAAAGUAUUUUAAAAGGAACUUCCAUCAACGUUGAAAAGACAAACAAUUAAUAUAAUUGAAAUUACAAUUAUGGACGUAGAAAACGAGUUUGAUCAAACAUUGUCGAAAAAGAAGAAAAAGAAGAAGACAUUCGACCUUGACGCUGCACUUGGUCUUGAUGAUGGCAGUAAAAAAGAGGAGCCUAAAGAAGACGCUCCACUGGAUAGCGGGGCUGCUGAUUUAGAAGAUAUUUUGGAUUUAGAAAGUUUUGGAAAGAAAAAGAAAAAGAAGAAGAAACCUUUUAAUUUAGAUGAGCAUCCAUCCGAAAAGGAAGGAGAGGAAGAUGAAAGCAAUGCUGCUGCAGUGCAGGAAGAACCAGAAGAUGACGAUAUCAACCUAGAUAUGAACUUUUCAAAGGACAAAAAGAAAAAGAAGACUAAAAAGAAGGAAUUAGGCGAACUAUUACCCGAUAAAGAUGAAGAAGAUAAAAGCGAGAACAAAGAAAAUGUCGACGAUAACAGUUCUUCAUGGGCUGGUACAGAUCGUGAUUACACAUAUGAUGAGUUAUUAAAACGUGUAUUCGAAAUUAUCCUUGAUAAAAAUCCAGAUAUGGCAGCUGGACGUAAACCGAAAUUUGUCAUGAGACCUCCACAAGUAUUGCGUGUCGGCACAAAGAAGACUUCAUUUGCUAACUUUAUGGAUAUUGCAAAAACACUUCAUCGCUUGCCAAAACAUUUGUUAGACUUUUUACUAGCUGAAUUGGGUACCAGCGGUUCAAUGGACGGAAACCAGCAGCUUAUUAUUAAAGGUCGUUUCCAACCUAAACAGAUAGAAAAUGUACUGCGCCGUUAUAUCAAAGAGUACGUGACCUGCCACACCUGUCGUUCACCCGAAACUAUACUGCAAAAAGAUACAAGAUUAUUCUUCCUGCAAUGCGAAUCUUGCGGUUCUAGAUGUUCCGUAGCAAGCAUUAAAUCGGGUUUCCAAGCAGUUACUGGCAAACGUGCUGCAAUUCGUGCGAAAACUACAUAAAAAAAUUUUUGUUGGUGCGACUUUAGGAUUUCUAUUGUUCUUUUUCUAGUGGGGAUUUAUUUUGAUGUAACAAAUUCGAUAUAUGACAAAGAACAAUGAAAAAAUAGAACAAGUUGAAAUAAGCGAG